UCGCGAGGAGAGAGAGUGUGGAGAUGCUGCAUGCCCACUGAGCAUUUUCCCCACCAGUGCAUGGAAGCCAGCAAGUGGACAUAAAGGAAGCACCAUCUUGUGUAGGAUUACAAGACUUUUCUUCAUGCGUGUUAGUGUCAUGGUGACAGGUCACAGGAUUGCCUGCUGCUGACGGGAGCUUCUCGACUUCGGGGAUCUAAAAGAGUCGCAGGUUGAAGGGCGCGAAUCAUGUCGAAGGGGCGCUUGGCUCGCACGCUCAGGGGGGUCUGCUUCAUUUGGCAAGUUGCAUCGUUGGCUGCAACGGGGCGUAAACUCUGGGAAGCGCCCACAACUACCUCCAACUUCAGCAAAAGUCUGCAAUGGCAGCCCUCCUGCCACUACCGCCACCAUCAAGACAGAGUGAGAACGACAGCAGAAAUACCGCCAAGGCUGGACGGCACCUGGCUGUCAACGAGGUGUGAAGUUCGCCCGGGUCCAGAGUUCCUCACCCGAUCCUACACAUUUCAGCCCACUCGUCACUUCCAGGCGCUACAACACUACUAUGCCGACAGCGGCUGCGAGAAUCCUGCCUACUCCCUGGCGAUCCGAGGCAAGUUCCGUCUUCGCCAGGCCUCUUGGAUCACCCGCGGAGCCACCAAAGCUGACCACCACCUCAGCAGUGUGGUCAUCGUCGUCCACAGCCUGGCAGCCAAGCAGAAGCUGGCCUCCAGACUGCCCCCGUCCUGCGUGGGUCCGAACCUGUCUCGACUGAUGCCUGGAAAACCUUUGAACCUUUACAAUACCCGGGUGGGGAGGGGGUGCCUGGCAGCUAUGGGGUUCUCCAUGAUGGAGCUGGAUUUGGUUAGGGUGGAGACGCAGCACCACAUUCAUGGGGAGGAAAUCCAGGCACUUUUCUUGGGGGACAUACAUACUGACUGGACUGAAAGAACUCACUACAGACCUACAGGGUACCAGCAGUCACUCCAGAGCGCCAUGCAUCACAUCCAUCCCUGCCCAGUGUGUGCCAUAGUGUACCGCUCCUCAGAACAACGGCCCCCAGUUUUACCCCGGCAAACACAACCCAGUAUUUCUUUGGCCGGACGCUGGGUAAGCCAGCAGUGCGAAACUCGUCCCACCGUUCUCUUCCUUACCAGAGAAUUCCACUUUGAUCCUGACCAACACGCAUGGGAGGGGAUCUACCGCCACUACUUGGACCCCCUCUGCUCACAGAAUACCUUUACCCUGAGAGCUUCAGGUCACUAUGCUCAGGGAAACCCCUCAGUCAAAGUACCGGGAGCCACCGAGUUUGUCUUUAAGGUGACUGAAGUGAGAGUGACAGCGGAAGACGAGUCCACGGCAAAAUUGUUGAACAGGACAAAAUCGGGGAAGUGCGGGAACGCCGGAGAGUGGGAAGUUGGAAUGGAGCAGGACCUGAGCUCCACACAUGGGUGCACAGUACUUGGCAUCAAAUUGCCACAUAAGGAGUAUGAGCUAUUCAAAGUUGAGCUGGACCACAGGAGACACCCGCUGUUGUAUGUUGGGGAGAGGCCAACAGAUGGUUCAAGCCCAGACCGACAGACGAGGAGGGCCACUUCCUUUCAGUUUCCCUUGAUGCUUUGCAGCGGCACGGAGACGCAGCCCCCUAGUCGCUACGGUUCAGGGUUCAACAGCAAACAAGUCCAGAUGAAUACCAGCGGGACGGGGAGGCUGACACAGAUACUUUUGGUGGUCCUUGGAUGUACUUUGUGCAGCAGGAUUUGGAUUUUUUAAAGACUUGGCACACUGAUGGACAUUGUUCUCCCUCAUUACAAGACAUUCAGGAGAGCUGACUAUAGAGUAUAGUGGUACCUUGACUUCCGACUGCCCCAACUUAAAUGCAAGUUUCAAGUUUUUCGCUGUCACUUGGCUGAUUUUUUUCCCUUGGUGUUGUGAGGCAAAAUUUAGUUUCAAGUUAGCUGCAGAUGCACUGUCAUUCAAGUUCAGUGGAGGAAAAAAAAGAACAAUUUAGAUACUGCCGAAGCACUUUUAGAUAUUUUUUGAAAGCUCCAAAGAUUAUGGCCCACAAAUACCAAAUGAGAGUAUUCGCAAGGAGCACCCGUAGGCCACAAUUCACAUACACCUUACUGCAGCUCCUCAUGUCUUUAGGCCAUGCAGCAUAAAGGCACACAUCCAACACACGUAUACUACAGUAAAUAUAGUAAUUACACUUUAUAAAAGCAGUUUAUUUUAGAUUCUCUGUUAUUGUUGAUUCACUUUAUUGCAUUGAAAAUUUAACAAAUCUUUUGGGGGCUGAAAUGGACAAAUGGCAUUUCAAAGUCAAGGUACCACUGUGUGUGUGUGUAUGCUCAUCUUUUUGGACCGCUGACGGAACCUUUAUGUUCACUUUAAGGAGCUUAAGCAACAGUUCCAGUUUUACUUUACAUAAAUCUGCACAUAAACCACUGAUACCAUCGCGUAAAAAAAAAUUAUUCCACCCUCAUAUUAUGUGGAAAAUGCUGUUUUCAUGAAAUGCCAUGACAAAUCAAGAUGACUGUUGAAAUGUGGGUGAGAAGAGAGCUCCUCUUGAGCCAGGAUGCAGUAGAAGUAAUGCACUUUGUACAGACCAUUGUUUAUACUGGAAAGAAAAGCAGCCGACAAGCAGACUUUUGUAAUCAGCCCCAACAGCUACCAUCCUCGUAGGUCCAAGUCCACUUUGCGGUAUAAGAUGUUGCUCUUCUCGUAAAAGCCUUUAAGCUUUUAUAGUCUCAAUGCAUCCAACGACUAUUUAUUUUAUAAACAUGUAGAGAGACUACGUUUUGUUGAAAGACCUUCUGUAAGAUUUUUAUUUUAGUAAGCACUAACAGAAGUCUUAUUUUUUUGUUUGUUUUUUUUGCGCAUUAAA